AUGCAGCAGCUGCAACCGAAGCAGAUGCACUGGGUGAGGGCCGACUCCUUCGACUUCGGGGGCGACCGCCCCGCCCCCCGCAGCGGGCACACUGCGGUGAGCAUUGGCAAGUCCAAGGUGGUCGUCUUCGGCGGUUUCGCCGACAAGCGCUUCCUCGCUGACGUAUCCGUCUACGACGUCGAGAAUAAGCUAUGGUACACACCUGAGUGCACUGGUAAUGGGUCGGAUGGGCAGGCCGGCCCAAGCCCAAGGGCUUUUCACAUAGCUGUUGUCAUUGACUGCAACAUGUUCAUCAUCGGUGGCCGUUCUGGGGGCAAGCGUUUAGGUGAUUUCUGGAUGCUAGACACCGAUUUAUGGCAAUGGUCGGAAAUGACUGGCUUUGGUGAUUUGCCGUCACCACGAGAGUUUGCUGCUGCUUCAGCCAUAGGAAACAGAAAGAUUGUUAUGUAUGGUGGAUGGGAUGGCAAAAAGUGGCUUUCAGAUGUAUACAUCAUGGACACAAUGUCACUUGAGUGGACAGAAUUAGCUGUUACUGGAUCUGUGCCACCUCCAAGAUGUGGGCAUUCCGCAACCAUGAUUGAGAAGAGGCUGCUUAUAUUUGGUGGCAGAGGUGGAGCAGGGCCAAUAAUGGGUGAUUUAUGGGCUUUAAAGGGUAUUACUGAAGAAGACAAUGAUACGCCAGGUUGGACACAGUUGAAACUUCCAGGGCAAUCUCCCUCACCACGAUGCGGUCAUUCAAUAACUUCUGGUGGACCUUAUCUCUUGCUGUUUGGAGGACAUGGAACUGGUGGUUGGCUAAGUAGAUAUGAUGUGUACUACAAUGAAUGCACUAUUUUAGACAGGGUGUCUGUUCAAUGGAAGCGCCUACCAACAAGCAAUGAACCACCUCCUCCUCGGGCAUAUCAUUCCAUGACUUCCAUAGGGUCUCGAUUUCUUUUAUUUGGUGGCUUUGAUGGAAAGAAUACAUUUGGUGAUUUGUGGUGGCUUGUUCCUGAAGAUGAUCCUAUUGCGAAACGAGACUUAGCUCCUAACAUCGAUUCAAACAGCAAACCUAGCGCUGUGACUGGUGAUAACCAGCAAUCCAACCUAAAGGAGUCACAAGCUCUGGAGAAUCCAAUAACAGAAUUGGCCAAACGACUGGGAAUUCCACUUUCUGAGGAUGUUUCAGCAAGUUUUGUUGACGAAGUCAAUGAUAAAGAACUUGUGGAAUUGUCAUCUAGGCUUGCUGGUCAAUCGCUUCCAGCUAGUGACCAGGUUGCAUCAAUUCAGGUACUUCGUGAUCAUUGGAAAAGUUCUCCAGCAAGCUCACUACAACUGCAGGAACUAGGACCUUUGCUGAGGGACUAUCAACGCCUCAUCCUGCGACGCUAUUCGGGAAAUCCAUUGCCAGCUUUUCAUGAAAUGGAAGCUCUCCGUUUUUUCCAUUUGAAAAGUGCUUCACAGUUGCGCAUGGAUGACAUUCCCGUCUUGUUGAGCGAGCUGCCAGGUUUCAAGAUGUCGACCAGCACAUUUGCUACUUCCUGCACGCUGUUGGGCAAUGUUAGAACACAGGCCUCCCAAACAGCGGUGAAGAGCCCUUCAUCUCUAAGCUUCUUCAGCCAAGUUAUGAAGGUUCCAAGCCUGAAGACCUCCAAGAAACUCGAUGUCUCUGCUAUGGCUGUCUACAAGGUGAAGCUUGUCACGCCUGAAGGUCAAGAGCACGAGUUUGAUGCUCCAGACGACACAUACAUCCUUGAUGCGGCCGAGACUGCCGGUGUGGAGUUGCCAUACUCAUGCCGUGCUGGGGCUUGCUCCACCUGUGCUGGCAAAAUCGAGUCUGGUGCGGUUGACCAGUCGGAUGGAUCCUUCCUUGAUGACGGGCAGCAGGAGGAGGGCUAUGUGCUGACAUGUGUCUCCUACCCAAAGUCCGACUGCGUCAUCCACACCCACAAGGAAGGUGACCUGUACUAG